AAUACACUGUCAAAGCCGAGGACAGAUAUUAAUGAGCCCUUAACCUCACCCCUGGUUAAUCCAGCUAGUGGCCUCUGUGCAGCAGUGAGGAUACAGCGGAGACAAUAGCAAUAGAGCCUAACAAUCAGCCGAAGUCUCCCCUGGAAAAGUUUAUGGUCAGACUGUGUACACAUCACCAGAAGCAAUUCAUUCGUGUGCUAAACGACAUCUACACGGAAGUCCAGCCAGGCUGCGAGGGCCGGCCAUUACCUGAAUCCGAAAACAUGGAUGCAGCUACUUGCAGCUCUGGUUGUAGCCAGCAAAGCACUGAAAAUUGGAAGAAGUCUGCUCCCUGUUCUGAAUUGAAGCCCCUUACUUCCUCAGACUCAGACAGAGACCCAGUGGGUCUUCAUAGCCCUUUGCGUGCUGCAGGGCAACCCUUGGAGCAGCACGCAGAGGUGAAAUCCAUGAACAGGAUGGAGAAUUUCAGUUCUGCUUUCAAAAAAGACUUCUCUGAACACUCUGCUACUAGAAGUAGUUCUGUUAGUCCAAAGGAUAGUUCCACCCAAGGAUACCUCACCACUUCGAACUCUUCCUCACUUCACUUCCAUCCUGGCACCAGGAGCCCGGAAGGACAAACCCCUGGACAGGAGCAAGAGUCUGGUGUCAGAAAGUGUGAGGAUGACAAAGACCAGAUCCAAGGCAAGGCCUUAGCAGACGGCUACGUUGCUGUCAAAGUGGCCCAUGUGAACGGCAGUGAGGACAAGUCAGACAGCUGCCUGGGCUCUCAGAAGAACUCUUCCAAAGCUUUCCCAGAAGAGGGUUGGGAUUCAGGGUUUCCAGUGAACUCUCCUAGAAGAGCUGACAAGGAGAACGCUUUACAGUGCAGCUCCAAAGCCUCUUUGCACCAGGAUUUAGAAAUAAACGAAGAAGAUGCAAGACCAAAGCAAGAAAACCAUCUCCAUGCCCUGGGGAAGGCUAAGGGGGGCUACCACCCGCAUGCUGGCGACAAGAAUCCACGUGAGCAUGCCAGAGACGGAUGGGUGGCCUCUGCCCCAGUGCCAGUGAUGCACAAAGCCUCCAGUGGGCGCUCACGAGCUAAGGCAGGGUCCUCAGCCGUCAGAACAGCUCGGAAGAACAAAAGGGCAUCGGGGCUGAGAAUAAACGACUAUGACAACCAGUGUGACGUUGUCUACAUCAGCCAGCCAAUAACUGAAUGCCACCUGGAGAGCCAGCGGUCGGUGUCGUCCCGGAGGACAGCUCGGAAGAGCACCCGCGGGUAUUACUUCAACGGUGAGUGCUGCGAGCUGCCAACUGUCCGCACGCUGGUGAAAAGCUCCCGGGUGGGGCCGGCACUGAGGCCGGAAGCUAAGCAGAGCCCGGCGCGCUCCGGAGGCGAGCCUUCGGGGGCAGCCCCAGCUGGGCGGAAAGAGGCUGACAAAAGAGCUUCCCUCAGGCUCCUGUCCAAAGGGGCUCCCCCCAGCAGAGAAGCUAACGAGAGAGCCGAAAAGGAGCCCAGCGAGGGCGGCUCGCUGGAGUCAAGAGAAGCUGCUUACACUGAGCCACUGCUGGCUCUCUCUGCUCCCGCCUGCCCUGACAAUGCACCAGAAGGCGGCUCGGCCACCACGCAGCCUCUAGCCAUCGGCCCCUCUGCUGCUGAAGGAAGUGAGGAGAGGAUGUGCCAGCUGCUGGAAGAGGUGGAGGCAAAUGUUCUUCAGCAAGCUAGCAGCAGUGCUGACCUGGCUGGGGACUGUGAGCCCACAGAAGACAGCAGCAGGGAGGCUACAGAUUCGACACCUCUUUCUCCGCCAGAAGCUGCUAGUAGGGAGGAAGGUUCUCCAAGCUCAGAAAUACACGUUGUUCCGGCGCCUCCUGCCAGCCUAGACCCGGCGCCUCCUGCCGGCCUGGACCCAACUCCUCCUUUGCAGCUUCCUACCAGUGCAGAGCUGGUGCACCAUGCAGAGCCUCCUGCCAGCAUGGACCCAACUCCUCCUUUGCAGCUUCCUACCAGUGCAGAGCUGGUGCAUCAUGCAGAGCCUCCUGCCAGCAUGGACCCAACUCCUCCUUUGCAGCUUCCUACCAGUGCAGAGCUGGUGCAUCAUGCAGAGCCUCCUGCCAGCAUGGACCCAACUCCUCCUUUGCAGCUUCCUACCAACCCAGAGCUGGCUGGAGCACUUCCUGGAGACCCCCCAACUAGUUCAGACCUGGAGCUUCCUGCCAUGCCCCCUGCCAGCAUGGACCUGGAGCCUCCUGUGCAGCCCCCGGCGAGCUUGGAGACGGAGCCCCCGGUGAGCUUGGAGAUGGAGCCCCCGGCUAGCUUGCAGUCUGCCGAUGUGACCACAAGCGUUCCUGCUGACCCACAAGCUGCCGUAAGGGAGGUGCAGGAAAGCCCACCUGAGCCAGGGGAGGCCAUGCUGACUCUUGCAGAGCUCAGUGGAAUCUUGGCAGGCGAGACUGCCCCAGAGAGCAGCAGGCUGUGUGAGAGAGAGAACGGCGAUGGCGAAAUGCCAUCAGGACCUGACACUUCAGAAACAGAUGGUAAAGGGACCGGCUUGUCCAAAGAAAGCCCAGAGAAGAAGCAAAAGAAAGGCAGGAGAGCGCUCGUAGCAUCAGACCGGCGUCUCCGCAGCCAGCAAUCCCAACCACCCACAGAAGGCAGUGCUGAAAAGUCUGGUUCUUCCACCUCUCUGCAGCUUCCCUGUCUUCAGAUUAAGCUUUCUAAAAGUCCCGGUGCAAAGCGUUUUAGGAGGGAGGUGCACCUUGAUGGAGCAGCAUCCGUGUGCUUCCCAAAGGAUUGUUUCCACAAAACACUGCUGAAGAACAUCCAGGGCCCAGGCACCGGGAGUGCCCUAGAGAGAGAGCCCGUGCAGCGGGGAGGAGAUGAAAAUGGCAUUACUACUAGGCAAACCUAUAAAAGCAUGUUGGCAAAAGAGGGUGCAGCAGAGAGAGAAGGGUCAUCAAAAGAUGGCCCCCCUGCUAAAGCCAGCCAUAGUAAGUCAGGGGAGAUGCUUGAGAUCUGUGUAGAGGCUAAUUCUGAUAAGAGAAGUGUUCUCCUUCCUAGGGAAAGUGGAACAGGUGUACAGGAUGCAGAGCGAUCGGAUGAGAAACCAGGUGAUGUGGAGAACCCAGACAAUGCUGUAGAUGCUGGAAAGGUACAGUAUAAAGAUCUGACUGAUUCGCCUACAGGUCCCAGUAGCAAAAGUGGAAGCAAACACGUCCCAUCCAAGACUUGGAAGCAUAAAAAGCUGGCCCUCCCAGUUUACAACUUGAGACACACCCCUACACCUGUGGACACUGCAAAAAAGAAUCUUCCAGGGAAGGAAGUUCUGCAAGCAAAUCCAAGCCAGAAGGAAGAACGCAGUUCAGGGAACAAAGACACCAUAGAUUUGAAGGAGGUGGACACAGUGGCUGAGGACAAACCAAAGUUUGUGGAGUGGUGUGCUGAGGAAGAGAAUCAGGAGCUUAUUGCUGACUUUAAUGCCCAGUAUAUGAAAGUUCAGAAAGGCUGGAUUCAGUUGGAAAAAGAAGUACAGCCAGCCCCCAAAGUAAAGAACAAAGCUGACAAGCUGAAAGAGAUUUGGAAAAGCAAGAAAAGAACCCGGAAAUGCAGGGCAUCUCUCGAAGUUCAGAAGCUUUCUCCUGUCCAGAUGCUGUUUAUGAAGGCCUUCAAGUUAUCCAACAUUUGCCGUUGGUUCUUGGAGACAACUGAAACCAGGUCGCUAGUCAUUGUGAAGAAACUCAAUACCCGUCUCCCCGGAGAUGUGCCCCCCAUCAAGAUCCCCCUGCAGAAAUAUUGUUCUUCCAGCCUGUAUCCCAGCUCACUGCAAGCUGAACGCUUGAAAAAACACCUCAAGAAAUUUGCUGCAACUACCCCUGCUAAAAAUAACUUGAAGAAUCAAAAGUUAUGGGCCAGGCUUCGGGAGAACGCUGACAGUACGGAGCCCGGGGAAGCCGCCAGUCCCAACCGGAUGUCUCCUUGUGAGACGAGCUCAGAAGAAGCUGGUGAAGACAGAAACGUGCAGCCCCCUCCAAGUCUGCCAACGCAGGCUAGCACUAGGAUUCUGCGGAAAUACUCCAAUCUGCGGGGCAAACUGCGAGCCCAGCACCGCCUGGCAAAGAACGAGAGAAAGGGGGAGAGUGCAGCUGAUCAUCCCUCCGUGGAAAGUAAGCAAAGCCGGAAGAGCGUCUGCAUCAACCCGCUGAUGUCUCCAAAGCUGGCCUUGCAAGUCAAAGCAGAUGUGUUUCCUGCUAAGUCCAUGCGAGCGGAAGCAGCGGUAAAGGGAAGAAAAGGGAAAAGCAGGUCCCAGGAGGACUCCUUGCCCAAAGCUGACCCUCAGCCAGGCAGAAAGAAGAGAACGCUGCAGGAGGGCAGUGCUGUGCCAGAGCCGUCUCACUCCUCCAGUAAAGACAGGCUGCCAGCUAAGAAGGGCAGCAAAGUAAAACAUUCCGAGGGUCCUCCGAAAGCUCCUGCUACCAGAAAGCAGGCUGCCAUGGAAAGAAGCAGUAAGCUCGAGAAAAAGGUGUCUUCGAAAGAGAAGAGAGUCCCGAAAAGGCAGCUUGGCAAAGGCAGACUCCCCAUCCCGAAAGUCAGAGAGAACCCCACCAAAAGAGCUGCAGCCCCACCCAGCCAGGAAGGGCUCACAAAAUCUGCAAAGCCGAAGCCUGCGGGGGAGCCCUCUACCAGGUCACAGAAAGCAGCCAAUAAGAAGCCCAGCAGUGGGAAAACUCUGACCAGGUCUAUGAAGAAAAUUCAAGAGAGCAGCACGUCCCAGGGCAAGAGAAAAUUAAGGGCAAAAGUUGACUGUUCACACAGCAAGCGAACACGACUGGAUGCAAAAUAA